AUGUCCGCAACUGGCAGUGUGCGAGACGCUGAACACCUUAGGAACGUCGUCAACCGUGAACAGGACUCCGCCUGCUGCCUCCCCUUCCACCUCGGGAUCCUCGUCGCCGCUGCUCACCCCCCCCCCGCCCCCCUCAUCCGUGCACGCACUGCGGCCGCCAUUGCGCGCAAAGCUCACCGCCGCCGACUUAGGGAACGGUACUUGACUCCUCCUCGCGAGCCGCUGCCUGCCCAAAUUCCGUCACCCGUGCUGUCCACAGCGUCACCGCCCACCCAACUACCUCGACAAGCCCAUGGAACUUCAUCUCCAGUCCCGCCUGCGUCUCCAGCCACCAUCAUCGGCUCGCCGGCCGCGCCUACUGCUGGGCCUCCCUCUCCACCUCCGCCACCGCCGGGCCCAUCAUCAACUGCUGGCUCCACCCCUCCUGGCUCGCCGGCCUCCUCAUUGGCCGACCAUCCAGCCUUCGAGCUCUUGGCAUAG